AUGGCAGAAAUGGCAGAGACGGAACCAACCUCCGUAUCAGCAUCAGAUGAAAAGCCUUUGUCUGAUAACAAGAAGCCAUGGGAGUCUUAUCACACUGUCUACACUAACGCCAAAGCAGGUAUGGAAGGGGUUGAUAAGGAAAAGGUUCAGAGAAUAGUUUAUGAGAUGAGUAAAGGGUCCAAAUAUUUCGAGAAUGAGGAGCGGAAGGAGGCCUAUAUGAAACAAAAGAUUGAGAAUAUGCGUACUCGCUGUGCUAAGCUCACUCCUGAAGAUUUGUCCCACUAUCAGAAGAUUGCUGAUAAUAGAGUUUUGGAGCUAGAAGCGGGACGUGAUCUGUCAAGGAUUUGGUUACAUGUCGAUAUGGAUGCAUUUUAUGCAGCUGUUGAGACACUAUGCGAUCCAUCAUUGAAUGGGAAACCAAUGGCUGUAGGUGGAAUGUCUAUGAUUUCUACAGCCAAUUAUGAGGCAAGGAAAUUUGGGGUGCGGGCUGCUAUGCCUGGAUUUAUUGCUCGUAAAUUAUGUCCCGAGUUGAUUUUUGUUCCCGUCGAUUUCAAGAAAUACACCCAUUACAGUGAUUUAACAAGAAAAGUUUUCCAGAAAUACGAUCCCAACUUCUUGGCAGCAAGUUUGGAUGAAGCAUACCUGGAUAUAACGAAUGUCUGCAUGGAAAGAGGCAUAACUGGUGCAGAAGUAGCUGAAGAGCUUCGAUCCAACGUUUACAAUGAGACAGGCCUCACUUGUAGUGCUGGGGUGGCUCCAAAUCGCUUACUUGCUAAGGUUUGCUCGGAUAUCAACAAGCCAAACGGUCAGUUUGUUCUACCGAAUGAUCGUAUGGCUGUGGUGACAUUUAUUUCCUCACUUCCGAUAAGAAAGAUUGGGGGGAUUGGUAAGGUUACUGAUCAAAUUUUAAAGAAUGUCUUUGAAAUUACAACAUGCGAGGAAAUGCUUCAAAAGCGUGGCUUUCUGUGUGCACUUUUCUCCCGCUCUUCAUCAGAUUUUUUUCUCUCUGUUGCUCUAGGACUUGGAGGAACAGAGACUCCUGAAAGUAGGUUGAGGAAAAGCAUUAGCAAUGAAAGAACAUUUUCAGCCACCAAUGAUGAGACAUUACUUAAUAAGAAAAUUGAGGAUCUCUCAGAGAUGCUUGCUGCUGACAUGAAAAAAGAGGGACUUUCAGGAAAAACAUUGACCUUAAAGUUGAAAACUGCAUCUUUUGAGGUUCGGACGCGUGCGGUGACUCUACCAAAUUUUAUAAGCUCAUAUGAUGAUAUCCUGAAGCACGCAUUAAAGUUGCUGAAGGCUGAAAUACCUCUAUCUUUGAGGCUGAUUGGACUACGAAUCUCUCAGUUCAAUGAAGACAAAAAUGUAACUCCUUCCGAUCCUACACAGAGAACGCUUUCCAACUUCAUUAUUCCAAGAGAUGCUUGUAGAAGAGAUAUCAAUGACAGCACACCUGUGGGAUCAGAUAUGAGUGAUACUGCCUUUACAGCUAGCUCAUUCAUGGAUCUUCCUGCUGAUAUCUCUGAAAGAUGUGAUUUGAGGAGUUCUGAUUGUUACAAAGAAGUGUCUGAUUCUGACGCAGACUUCUUGGAGCAAAACCUCAAAGAAGCUGGAAGUAGGGCUAGAUGCUGGAACAAUGAAUCAAGAGACAAAAUGGAUUGCCUUGCAAUAGAAGGUGAAUCACUUAGACCAUGUACAACUCAAGAUUCUUCUUUACUGGAGUAUCAUGGAACCAUUGAAGCCUUUGAAGCAGGGCCUUCAACAAAUCAGAAAGUACCAUUCUACUGGGAGGAGGACUACAAGUGCUCUUUGUGUGGUGUUGAACUGCCUCCGAGCUUCAUUGAUGAAAGACAAGAACACUCUGAUUUCCAUCUGGCCGAGAGAUUGCAAGAGGAAGAAUCAGGAGACAAUCGUUCGAGUCUCCCAGUAAAGCAUAGGUUGAUUCAGAGAGAACAGAAUGUUGGCCGAAUCAACCCGAAGAAGAAGCAGAAACCAUCAUCAGUCAUUGGUAAACAUGUCCCAAUUGAUGUUUAUUUCGCAAAGACAAAUCAGAACUUCUGA